CACUGCACGCCUUGUAUCAUCCUCAGCCAUGGACACCUACCAACAGCCAGAAGACAAGGACCUACAGGCCCUGAGGGACCUGGCCAACCGCCUGAGGAUCCACUCUAUAAGGGCUACAUGUGCCUCCAAUUCAGGACAUCCCACUUCCUGCUGCAGUGCUGCCGAAGUCCUGUCUGUUCUUUUCUUCAACACCAUGAAAUAUGAAGCGGCUGACCCUGGCAACAUUAACAAUGACCGCUUUGUCCUGUCUAAGGGACAUGCUGCACCCAUUCUCUAUGCUGCUUGGGCGGAGGCAGGCUUUCUGAAAGAAUCCGACCUCCUGAACUUGAGGAAAAUAGACUGUGACCUGGAAGGACACCCAACACCUAAACUCCCAUUUGUUGAUGUAGCAACUGGCUCACUGGGACAAGGAUUGGGUGCUUCCUGUGGCAUGGCCUAUACUGGCAAAUACUUUGACAAGGCCAGUUACCGAGUCUACUGCCUGAUGGGUGAUGGUGAAUCCUCUGAAGGUGCUGUCUGGGAAGCGAUGGCAUUUGCAUCCCAUUACAAGUUGGACAACUUAGUGGCAAUCUUCGAUGUAAACCGACUGGGUCAAAGUGAGGCAGCUCCUCUUCAACACAAGACUGAGAUAUACCAAAAGAGAUGUGAAGCUUUUGGGUGGAACACAUGUGUUGUAGAUGGACACGAUGUGGCUGAGCUUUGCUAUGCACUAUGGCAAGCAGCCCAAGUAAAGGAUAAACCCACAGCCAUCAUUGCAAAAACUUACAAAGGGAAGGGCAUUACAGGAGUUGAAAAUGAAGACAACUGGCAUGGAAAGCCGAUGCCUAAAGACAAGGUUGAGUCAGUAAUUAAUGAGAUCCAAAAUAAAAUCCAGACCAACAAAAAACUGUCCUUCUGCUCCAACUAUGGAUGCUCCAGCUGUGGACAUUUCUGGCAUUAAGAUGCCUUUUCCUCCAAGCUACAUACUUGGUGAUAAGAUCGCAACUCGUAAGGCAUAUGGAAUGGCCCUUGCUAAACUAGGACAUGCCAACAAUCGUGUCAUUGCCCUUGAUGGUGAUACCAAAAACUCCACCUUCUCUGAAAUCUUCAAGCAAGCUCACCCAGACCGCUACAUUGAGUGUUUUAUUGCUGAGCAGAACAUGGUCAGUGUUGCAAUGGGCUGUGCCACCAGGAAUCGCACUGUUGCUUUUGCAGACACAUUCGCCUGAAAGAUCCUUCCUUGAAGUUUGCUCCUCGUUACAUUGGUCCUUACAGGGUGCUGAGGAGGAUCAACCCGGUUUCUUAUUUGCUGGACCUGCCUCCUACUCUACGCAUCCCUAACUCUUUUCAUGUGUCUUUAUUGAAACCUCUUGUUUGUAACAGAUUUUCC